AUGGACGCCGCGCUCGACGCCGCGCUCGCGCGAUGGGACGACGUCGUGCGCGAGGUCUCCAUCGCGCUCGCCCUCCCGCGUGGGUCCACGAUGUUCUUGCUCGGUCUCGCCCUCGCCCCGGUGUUCGGAUUCGGGUUUCCCACGAUCGAUUGGAUCUGUGGUGACGAUCGUGCGCGGCGCGCGAUGUGUCGGAGCGUCUACGCGCUCCUCGCGGGCGUCGCGUUGUCGUUGAUGAGCUUUGGACGACAGACGGUGGUGUGCGCGCACUUUGGAGCGGUGGCGUACGCGGUGAUGGCGCUCGCGAGGAGGCGAUGCGGCGUCGUCGUCUUUCUCGGGUCGUUCGCGUACCUGAUUCGGUUUCACGUCAUGGCGGACACGGCGAACACUUGGAAGGCGGGUGAGGUGGAUAUCAGUGGGUUACUAAUGGUGAUGACGCUAAAGGUGACGGCGUGCGCGAUGAAUUAUCAGGAUGGCGCGACGGUCGCGGCGAGCGAGAUGACGGAGCAUCAGCAUCGAAGACAUCUGAAGACGUUGCCGAACGUCUUGGAUUACGCGAGUUGGUUGAUGUUUCCGUGUACCUUGGUGAGCGGACCCGCGGUGGAGUUCAGGGAUUAUUCGGAUUGGUUGAAUGGGAGAGGGGUAUGGAGCGGUGAGGCGCCGAGCCGAGUGGCGGCGACGGCGAAGAAAUUUUUCGGCGCCGCGACGUGCGUCGCGCUUUUCCAAGUGUUGAGCGUGAAGUACACCUUAGAGAGCGUAUACUUGGCGCCGAAUUGGCUCACGGAUUACUCGUUCCUCGAGCGCGUGUGGCACAUGAACGUCAUGGGGCAGACCAAUCGGUUCAAGUAUUAUUUUGUCUGGAUGAUGGCUGAUUUUGCCGCGACGGUUUCCGGUUUGGGUUUCAGUGGGUACGACGCCAAGGGUGUCGCACGCUUCGAUACAGCCGCAAACAUUCACCCGCUCGGAUGCGAGCGAGCGAUCACGCUGAACAGCUUUCCGCUCAGUUGGAACGUCAAGACGGGUCAAUGGCUUCGUCACUACGUGUAUGAUCGCGUGACGCCCAAGGGUAAGAAACCCGGGUUGCUGCAGCUCUUGAUCACGCAGAUCGUCUCUGGGCUGUGGCACGGUCUCUACGCUGGUUACUGGCUGUUUUUCGUCUCCUCCGCGUUCGCCCUGAACGCCGGUCGCUUGAUGUACAGAUGGCGCUCGAGGCGCGUCCCGGAGAGCCUGCGCAUCUUCGUCGACGUCCCGCUCUGGCUCGCGACGCAGAUGACGAUUAAUUACCUCGUGAGCGCCUUUAUGCUCGUCGAAUACAAGUCGUGCAUGGACGCCUGGGCAUCCGUGCACUACAUCGCGCACGUCGGGAUCGUCGUCAUGUCCGUCUUUGGCGUCGUCUUCGCGCCGAAAUCGAGCAAACCCAAGACGGCUUAA